AAUCUUAUAGCCAUUCUCAUUUCUUCUCUGUUCGUUCCUCCGCUGCUUCUGCUCUAGCCGUCGCCGCCUGCGCUCUCCGGGUAACCGCUCCACCACCGCUUCUACUCUCGUUCUGCUGCUCGUGCUUCUCCAAUCUUCACUACUUCUACUGCUUUGUUGCUGUUCUCGCCACCGCUCUUCUGUUUCCGUUUCUCUGGUUCGCCAGCUCACCUCUUAAACUUUAAAACUUACAUUUUGUGAUUGUUUUCCAGAAGGAGAUGAGACAGAUGAUUUCUAUGUCUUCACCCUAGAACACUAUUACCAACUUCUAGCUGCUAAAAAGGAAGGCUGGCGUAGAUUGUUCAAGCAUUCUGGUACUGUCAGAGAAUGGGGUCAGGUCAAUGGCAUGUUGAAAAGAGGUGCUUUAGCAGUGAAUCUCCCCAAUCAAUGGAUCUCGAAAAUGGACCUGAAACUGGGUCACUCUCCAUAGUUGUGCUUGGUGCUUCUGGUGAUCUUGCUAAGAAGAAGACAUUUCCAGCAUUAUUCCACCUUUACCGCCAGGGAUUCCUACCAGCAGAUGAAGUUUCUAUUUUUGGAUAUGCAAGAACAAUAAUCUCUAAUGAUGAAUUAAGAGAACGCCUACGUGGCUAUCUUGUUCGGGACAAAGAUGCUUCCUCUGAAGAGUUGGAGGUUGUAGCAAAGUUUUUGCAUCUGAUCAAAUAUGUAAGUGGCCCAUACGAUUCAGAGGAUGGCUUCCGUUUGUUGGAUAAAGAGAUUUUGGAGCAUGAAUCUUUGAAAACUAGUGCAAAGGGUUUAUCUCGACGGCUUUUCUAUCUCGCUCUUCCACCUUCAGUAUAUCCAUCUGUUUGCAAGAUGAUCAAGACUUGCUGCAUGAACAAAUCUGAUGGUGGAUGGACACGUGUUGUUGUUGAGAAGCCAUUUGGUAAAGACUUAGAAUCUGCAGAGCAACUCAGUACCCAGAUUGGGGCAUUGUUUGAGGAGCCUGAAAUUUACCGUAUUGAUCACUACUUGGGAAAGGAACUAGUACAGAAUAUGUUAGUACUUCGUUUUGCAAAUCGCUUGUUCUUGCCUCUUUGGAACCGUGACAACAUUGCUAAUGUGCAGAUAGUCUUCAGGGAAGAUUUUGGAACUGAAGGCCGAGGUGGAUAUUUUGACCAGUAUGGAAUUAUUCGAGAUAUAAUUCAAAACCAUCUACUUCAGGUUUUUUGCUUGAUUGCUAUGGAAAAACCUGUUUCUCUCAAGCCUGAACACAUUCGAGAUGAGAAAGUGAAGGUUCUUCAAUCAGUAGUUCCUAUUAAAGAUGAGGAAGUUGUCUUAGGACAAUAUGAUGGCUAUAGGAAUGACCCAACCGUACCUAACAAUUCAAACACACCAACUUUUGCAUCUGUUAUUCUCCGAAUAGACAAUGAAAGAUGGGAAGGUGUUCCUUUCAUAAUAAAAGCUGGGAAGGCCCUGAAUUCAAGAAAGGCAGAGAUACGAGUUCAAUUCAAGGAUGUUCCUGGUGAUAUAUUCAAGUGUCAAAAGCAGGGGAGAAAUGAGUUUGUCAUACGCCUGCAACCUGAAGAAGCUAUGUACAUGAAGCUGACGGUCAAGCAACCUGGACUCGAGAUGUCAACGGUGCAAAGUGAACUAGAUUUGUCAUAUCGACAACGCUAUCAAGGAGUAAAAAUUCCAGAGGCUUAUGAACGUCUAAUUCUCGAUACAAUUAGAGGUGAUCAGCAACAUUUUGUUCGGAGGGAUGAGUUGAAGGCAUCAUGGGAGAUCUUCACCCCACUUUUGCACCGCAUCGACAAGGGCGAGUUCAAACCAUUCUCUUACCAAGCAGGAAGCAGAGGUCCUGCUGAAGCAGAUAAGUUGCUAGAAAAAGCUGGCUAUGUUCAAACACAUGGUUAUGUAUGGUCACCUCCUUCCUUAGAAUGAUUCAAUGCAAUAAUUUUGCAAUUUCUUAUAUUUGUAAUCAAUAUGUUUGGGAAGAUUCCAUGACAUAAAAAUAUUUUCUCCUGAUGGGUUUGUCUCUCAUGAAUUUGAGUUGAACAAAUAUGUGCCAUUCAGAAGGUAUGUGUAAACUGUAAAGUGAUGUCUCUAAAGUCAAAAGACAAAAAGUUCAUGUAGCACGGUUUGUUA